AUGCCCGACGGUUACCUGGCGCACGCUUCGCCGCUGCGUCGCGCCGACGCCUCGACGAUCGACGACGCGCGCGCCGUCAAGCGCCUCGACGGGUCCGUCGACGUCCUGGGCGUCGCGCGGCGCGACGCGCGCGGGAAUCCGACGGUUUUGCUGUGCCGACCGCUGCGGACGCAGCGCGCGCGCGGCGACGACGAGCGCGCGCGACGGCGCGCGCGAGCGAAGAAAUGGCGCGGGUCGACGACGGUGGAGUCGCCGUGGCCGAACGCGCUGUGGCUGUGCGAUCGCGAGCUGUGCAGGCGAGUCGGGAGGUUGGAGCACGGCGGCGGCGCGGCGGCGGCGCGGCGAAAAAUCGACGACGACGAGGCGACGGCGCGAAUCUUCGACGCGCAGCAGAGACGGUACGCGGCGAUGCGAUGGGGAUUGUUGACGGGGAAAGAGCGGGAGAUGUGCGAGCGGUUGGGGGGGGAACACGUGGAGGCGCUGCGGGAUCGAGGCGUGGGGGGGUACGCGCGGGACGACGUCGGCGGGACGGGGCUGCUGAUACAGGUGAAGUGUUUGCACGCGCACUACGCGCAUUACUUGGCGACGGACGGGGAUAACGUGGUGGGGGCGAUGGUGCAGGAGAUGCUGGACGCGGGGGAGGACGAGGACGUGGCGAGGGCGCAGCGCGAGGAGGGCGAGCGGCGCAAACGCGACGGUUAG